AUGGCGGCGCCGCCACCUCCACCUCCGCCGGCGCGAGGAGGCCUGUCGCUCUACGCAAACCUCCUCGAGCCGGUCGCCAACCCCUCGGCCACGAUCUCGAGUGCUCCCGUCCGCUAUAACCAAGACGGCACGGUCGCUGACGCGAAAGAUGGAGCGACUGCGAAGAAACUCAUAGAUCCAUCACUCCGCUUCCAGCCCAUUCGCAGACCACAAGCAAAGACCGCGAAACCGAAACCAAACUUCCCUAAAACGUUACCCGGUGCCAACACCUCCGCCAGCGCCGCUGCCACGACAACUUCAUCGGCACCAGCAUCCUCCUCGGCAGCCUCCCAGCAACCACUGCCGCCAAAGAGCACCCUCGCCGACUGGGCCGCGACAGACGAAGACGAGUGGCGCUACAGUACGAACGCAGGUGUUGGUGGCGCCGGCGGAGGUCACCAGCGCGGCGGCCGCAGGAAGAAGAAGAAGAAGGGCAACAACGACCAGCCAGCGGAGACCAACUGGGACGACAUCUACGACCCGACAAAGCCCACCAACGUCGAGGAGUACCUGCGCAGCGACGAGCGGAUUCACGAGGUACAGGAGUGGAAGAGACUGCUCUACCGCCACCGGAGACGCAGGAGUUUGAGCGAUGACAGUGACGAGGAGACGGAGCGCCGACCGGCGAUGAACCAGUUCGCCCCUCCACUCGAGUACUCAUUCGUUCCCCCGCCCCCAAUCUCACCACCGCCAGCCGAGCCUCGAUCCACAGAAGCAGCAACGGGAGACGACGCAUACGCCCGCCGCCUAGCCCUCUCCGCAUCCGUACCGCCUCCGCCUCCUCCGCCACCAGCCGACGCAGCAACAAUUUCCCGCGCCCCGGUCCGCUACACCCCAUCCACCAAAGAAUCACCCGCGGACGAAGGCGAGCCCUCAGACCCAGACUCCCCACCCCCGACCCUCGGCCUCGGCGCCUCCUCGACAACAGAGGAGCAAGAAACAACCCCCUCGUUAGAACCUCCGGCCCCGCGUUCGUCACGCCCGGGCCAAGCUGGCUUCGCCCAGCGCCUGAUGAGCAAGUAUGGCUGGACAAAGGGCUCCGGCCUCGGCGCAGACGAGUCCGGCAUCGUCAACCCGCUGCGGGUGCAGGUCGAGAAGCGCAAGAAGAAGUCGGACGCCAAGGGCGGCGGCUGGGCCGAGCCGGCCGGCCGUGCAAAAGUCAUUGGCGGGAAGCGCAGGGACGACGUCGAGAGCAACGGCAACGGCAACGGCGGCGGCGGCGGCAAGUUUGGCGGGCCCAUGAGUGAGGUCAUUGUCCUGCAGCGGAUGCUGGAUAAUAUGGAGGACCUGCAGGGCGAGAUCGCCAACGGGCUUGGGCAGGAGAUUGGGGAGGAAUGUGGUGAAAAGUACGGCCGAGUCGAGCGAUUGUAUAUUGACGUUGAGAGGAGGCAGGUCUUUAUCAGGUUUACGGAUCAAGUCUCUGCCCUCCGUGCAGUCAAUGAACUUGAUGGGCGUGUGUUCAACGGCAAUGUCAUAGUGCCAAAGUUUUUCGACACGGAAAAGUUCGACAAGGGGAUUUACCAAUGA